GUGUCUUUUUGCUAUGAGGGCUUAAAUCCCUUGCACCAGUGAUGUCAAGCUGUCAGUGAGAGGACUGACUGGUCUCUGAGGAAGAUUGAAGGAUGGGUGGAUGGAGGAAUGCCAUUUGAGGUUGUCCUUUAUUUAUUCUGCCAACGUUUCCUCGUCCCAGAAGGCUUAUAAAGCCAUGGUAGAGCCACGGGUUUGCACUGCAGGUCUCACCUGAGCCAGCGCUCCCAUCAGACUACAGCAAGGAAGUGAUGGAGCCACUCCGUCAAAUUUAACGGCAGUCCGGCAGCCAGCUGAAACCACUUUCACUUCCUGAGGGCCGCGUUUGAAAGAAACUGCCAGUCAGAGCCCCUGUUUCAAAGGCCUACCAGAGAACCGUCUGACUGUCAGUUGGUCCCUAAUUAGUUCCACAGAAAGAUGGCUGAACACCACCACGUUCACCACGAGCACAUGGGAACCAUGGCUCCCGCCAUGGCUCCCGCCACGACUAUGUCCCACGGAGGCGACCACGGGGACCAUGGCAACGCUGGCGGCGGUGACGGCGUCCAUCACAUGAUGAUGCAAAUGACCUUCUACUUCGGCUGCAAGAAUGUGGAGCUGCUGUUUGCUGGGCUGGUCAUCAACACACCAGGAGAGAUGGUUGGCGCCUGCAUUGCGGUGUUCCUGAUGGCGGCGCUGUACGAGGGGCUGAAGAUCGGGCGGGAGUACCUGCUCAGGAGGAACCAGGUCAACGUGCGCUAUAACUCCAUGCCCAUCCCCGGCUCGGACGGCACUGUGCUGAUGGAGACCCACAAGACCGUCGGCCAGCGGAUGCUGAGUCUUGCUCACCUGUUGCAGACGGUGCUGCACAUCAUCCAGGUGGUGAUCAGCUACUUCCUCAUGCUCAUCUUCAUGACCUACAACGGCUACCUGUGCAUCGCCGUGGCAGCCGGCGCGGGCGUCGGCUACUUCCUGUUCAGCUGGAAAAAGGCUGUGGUGGUGGACAUCACCGAGCACUGUCACUGACCCUCCUCCUUUCCCUACACUACACACCCGCCCCCCCCCCCACACACACACACACACACACACACAUACACACUUCCCCCUCUCCUGCCAUCCGAUUCCAUCUGGAAUUUGGCCAAAGCACACUGGGUGGUCGCUGUUCCCUCGUCCAAUUACGAUGUUCCAGGUUGUCUUAAGCAACCUUUAAAACAUCAUAUGAUGCGUUGGUGGACGUAUUCUCACUGAGGGUGAUGUUUUAAAGCUUCUUUCGGGUCCUUUUGAACAUCUUAGGGCAGAGACCUCUAAAUUACCCAUGAAUCAGCGGUUUCUGACCCCCAUUCCACUGCUGUGCCCCUCUUUUUUGACCUGGCCGCCAUUAACACCUCACCUGAAGCAACCCCCACCCCUUCCAGUGUGCACCAGAGUAUUGUAUCAAUUUAAGUAUCGAUUUAAGAAGUUGCCUUAUUAGGGGCUUGAUGACCCUGCGCCACACAGCAUCAUGGCAGCCCCCGGCACUUACGGGCCAUCACGCAGUUUCCCCAAAAUCCAGCCAGUGAAAGGAAACGGCAAAUCCAGCCAAUCAGGGUCGUGCUGAUUGCGAGCAACCUCUGCCUGUGGCCCACACUGGGCGGGGCUCACUCACACGGGGGCGGUGACAUCACAGUGACAUCACAAAGGGAGAGAGGCCAAGUGACCCGGAUGCCUUACCGAGCCCUUUACCUUAAACAUGCUGUGCUGCAAAGCAGAGUCCACUUCACACAAUCAACGCCAUUGUAAAUCCAAUGUGUUUCUCUGUCUUUUUUUUUUUUUUACACCCCUUUGAUGUGGGUACCAUUACGUUCUAGAGGACAUGCCUUAAACUGUGACACUAUCUGAUUCGGGCACGUUGUGAGAGAGCUGGCCCCACCCCCCCCUAUGUUUUAUUCCAUGACAUCACAUGAUUGUGGUGGAGUUUGAGGUCAUGUUGAGCCGAUUUUGGGAAAAUGGUGCAAAUCCGACGGUGACACGAACCUGAAGGAGUGCCAGGCCUCAGAGGCACUGGGGACCAGUGGCCAGUCUUCACCAAACCCGCACGCCUGUUUAAAAAGAAAAAUCACAACAAUGUAGGCUAUCGUUUUUAUGUGAAGCUUCUAUAAAUGUCUAUUAUGGAUUUAGAAAAUGUGUUGCCAGUAUCACGUAAAAGUAAUUUUAACAUUUUUAAAGUAGCACUAUUAUACUGUAAACUGUACCAAGGUACUGGCCUUAUAUGUUAGUUUUGACCAUGACUGGACAAUCUUUGUGAACAAUCGUUAUUUUUUGGGAUAAUUCCUUUUAAUGUGUACUCUAAAUACCAGUGUUAAACAGCCGUGGUGGUUAUCGCCCACGUUCCCCUACGGCCUCAACUAAAACGAGGGAACCAUUGACACACUAGUACAGCCUCUGGCUGUUGUGUUAUGAAGGCCAGCACUUCCAGCUAUAACCGGAGGCAGAAGGAGACACUAGUUCACGGAAGUCUUCUCGCACGAUCACAGCGAAGUGCGGAGGUCCCAAGGCUGCCCAGGGAAUUCUGAGCGCCAGCGGUGCGUGACGAGCUCGGGAGGGGUUCGCACGGGCGCUUUAGCCUUCUGUCUUUCGUGUCUUUUACUUCAAACGCCUGCUGUUCCUUUUUUUGUAUCGGUUGCCCGAGUGUUUGUGUGUGACGCUGGAACGGGAGUCAAAUUCCUGCUGAGAUUACAAGGUCGCCGCUGGUUUUCAGUGCCCGUUGUCGAAAGAGCCAGCGGUUAAUCCAGGCCAUGAAAUGUUUAACCGUUUCUACUUCAGCCCUGCAGAUACUUCUGACCUCUCACUACUAGUGAACAGACGUCACAGGUUCCAUCCAAAAGCAAAGCCAUUUCUGCUACCUCUGCAAAGUCCAGCGACGAAGCGGGUGGCCGCAUCUUAGAGGAAGUCUGACAGCUGCUGGCGUCAAGCGUCUGUACGGAGAUUGUAGACCGUGUACAUCGCAGCCAUUUUUGUAUAGUUUGAUACAUUUACAGUGCUGUUAUUUUUAUUGUUUAUUUUUAGAAAAUGAAUAAUAAAUGGUCCCAGAUUGAAAGCAGUUGCUGUUCUUGUUCUGUGCACAAACUUGUCUCUGUUGCUUGUGGAGAUGUUUUUCUGCAUCUCUAAAAUGGUUCUGAACUGAAAUGCUAACUCUGGCUUUAUUUAGAAUGGAUAUAAAGAAAUAGUGUUUGGAAGUACAGUAUGUACGACACCAAGGUUUCCUCCAUCCAGACUGGCUGGCCUGGCUCACAUUACGCAGCAGAGGCAGUUGUGCUGUCAGUCAGGUCUUUGAAACAUUUCUGUCGAUUUGGUGGAGCCAGUCACCCAGCAUGCUCAUAGACCUGUCCCAGCAUCCUCUGCCACAGUGGUCUCCCAUGUGUAGCACUGAGCUGUGUGCCAUCAUGGAGGACAGUCCUGCUGCAGUCAGAGCCACAGGAAGUUGCGCUGCUGCAGGCGGAGCAACAGGAAGCCCACUCUCCCCGCGCAACCCCGUGGCUGAGAAACGGGGGGCCACUGGUCCACCAGGGCAAGUCGGGACUACAUUCUGAGCUGUGACAUCACAGACCUUAGGAGCAUGUUAGCUGGAUGCGCCACCAGACCGCCCCAAUCAUAGAUUUACUGCAUAAGUCAUCAGACCAUAAAUUAUCCUUUUGCUUGCUAAUCUUAUCAUGUACAUUUGCACUUCAUAUUAAACCUGAGAAACUUAAAUACUUAAAUAAUGCACUUCCUAAGUGCCAAGGGAACACUGAAAGUGAAGGUGCUUAUUCAAAACGAGGCUAAAUGCUAAUCUGUCACGCAUCUAAAAUGUCUGCGGUCCGUGCCUACGGCCUGGCAGCUUGUCCCUGUACCGCUCAACGGAUCAGAAGCUUCAGUGAGCCGUGAGAACCUGUUGGUACUGACAGUCAUGUGACCUAAUUCUACAACUGAAUGAGCGUACGAUCCCGUGACCUAUCGUACGGGUGGUUCCCACGGUUCACUCUAGUUUCCCCUUAAGCUAAUUACAUCCCUAGCUGUCAUUCAGUAUUAUGGUGAAUACUUAUUCUUUCAGACUUACUAGCAUAAUGUACUGUUUAAUCACUGCUAUUGUCGUUGCUUUAAGUGUACAAUUUCUGUAACCUAGAACAACCAAAAACAAGUAGAACUGUUCCCUGGCAACACCAGAAUAAAAAAAAUACAAUCACAGACCA